AUGUCGGACAAUAACCGCAUUAGAAAGCAGGAGACGAAAAAGAAGGGAGAAACGUAUGAGGAUAGCCGUGCAAGACAGAGGAAAAAAAGACGAGCUGUGUUAGUUGGUGAAACACCGGAGGAAAGACAGUAUCGGCUGGCAAAGAAGAGGGAUGCCUAUAAAAGAAGAGCUGAAACGAGUACAGGAAAAAAAGGUAAUGAGCUAAGAGCUGAAAGGCGACAAAAGAUGCUGCAAGAAACGCCAACACAAAAAGAACGUCGUCUUAGGAUGCGAAGAGCUGCUUACAGACGAAGAACUGACAAAAGUACUGAGGAGAAACGGGAGAUGCAAAGAGAACAUAAUAGAGCUAAUGCCAGAGAAAGAAGGCAACAUGAAAGUAAGGGAAAAAGACAAAAAAGACUUGAAAGAAUGAGACAACGAGCGGUAAGUCUUUUGGAGACAGGUAAUAGUAAUGAAAUGCAACAGGUACGCCAACAAAAUUCUGAGGUAAGGCAUGAAAAUGCAAUAACAGUAGCUAGAGAUGAGGUCCUCACCAGUAGUUCAGACCAAUAUUUACAUGAAGGUGGCUGGCAAAAUGUUGACAACCCAUUGCAUGAGCAGGUAUUUGUUCAGAAUGAGAUGCACAGUUUUCAUUUAGAUCAAGAGCAUUUAGAGCAUCGCCAGUGUACAAUUUGUAAAGAGGCUUGGCCAACAAGGCAAAACUUGGCAGCAGAUCCCUUUGUUUGUUACCGCUGUCAAAGAGACAAGAAGUCCCCGAAAAAUUUCAGUGCUGGCAAUGACAUGGACCCAGGUAUUGUUCCUGAGCAGUUGAGAGGUUUGACACAGGUAGAGGAAAUGCUGAUUUCAAGGGUUUGCCCUAUCAUGCAAGUCUACAGAAAACAUGGUGGGCAAAGGGGUUAUAAAGGCCACGUACUAAACUUACCACAGGAUAUUCAAAGUUUCUUGAAUAGGUUGCCUGCACAAGUGGCUGACUUGCCUGUUAUGAUUGUGCGGAGACGCGGUGCUGAUCAGACACAUAAAGAUUUCACAGUUCGUCGACACAAGGUGUUUGAAGCUAUAUUGUGGUUGAAAACAAACAAUCCAUUUUUCAAAGACAUUGAAAUUGACAGGGAUGUUAUCCAAAGUCUACCAGAGAAUGAACCUGAAAUGAGUGCUAAUGCAACAGUUGAAGAAUUAGUUUUAGGAAAUGGCAGUACAUCAUUUAUUCCUAUGCGUCAAAGACAAAGAAAGGAUGGUGCAGCUAUCCAAGAUGCAGUGAAUGAGGUUGACCCUUUGGACUGGCCAUCUACAGAAGGUAAUGCUGUUAAUGAAUUUAAAACAGAUGGUUUGGCAAGCAUGGCAUUUCCAACACUAUUUCCCCAUGGGAAAGGUGACCCGACAAACAGAGUCAGGCAGCAUGAGGUAAGUUUGGCAGAGGCAUUCAAACACCUGAUGAAGUUUGCAGAGAGGCUGCCAAAUGGUAAGUUUGAAUGGAGGUUUGCCUCACAUCCCCGGUUCCCAUACUGGGCGUUGAAUAUGAAGCAGAGGCAUCAGCUGUUGUCACAAGCUAACAUUUACUUGCGGCAACAUCCAGCGGAUGCAAACAUGACUAUGGAGGAGCUGAAAACAAUGGUAAACUCUAUGGGUGCAAAUCAAAUGGUAAAUCGUUUGCAACGUUAUGUUUCAAAAAUUCAAGGAACAAAUCAGUAUUGGUAUCAGAGACUGCAAGAACUCUUGGCCCUGAUUGAACAAAAAGGUUGCCCUACCUUUUUCUUUACCUUUAGUGCAGCUGACAGCCAUUGGCCAGACUUGCAAAGACUGUUGCAAAGUAAUGAGGGUGCAUCAAGAACAGAGAGAGCACAAGCAGUGAUAGACAAUCCGCACCUGACAGAUUGGUUCUUCAUGCAAAGGCUACAGGAGUUUAUCAAACAUUGGCUUCAAGGUGUCUUGGAUGCUGAAUGGUUUUGGUAUAGGUUUGAAUAUCAGGCCAGAGGAAGUAUACAUGCUCAUGGAUGUGCUAAAUUAAAGAAUGAUCCAGAUAUUCGGUUAUUACGUAAACGUGCAUGUAAAGCAGUGCUUGAGAAAGAGAAAGAAAAUGAAAUGUCCCCUGAUGAUUUUGAAUUCUCUUGCCAGGAUAUUGUCAGAGAGGGUCAAGAUGCGGAGAGAAAGCUAAUUAGUUAUGUUGACUGGCUUGUGACCACAGUUAAUGAUGAUCUGCCUGAUGAGAACUGGACAGUACCAGAUCCACACCCUUCUGCGGUGAAAGCCACAUCAGUUGAUAAUCAUGAUGUUGAUUAUCACAGGUUAGUAAAUUCAGUAGAGAGGCACACCAGAUGCAGUCCAGCGUAUUGCCUGAAAAAGAAGAGGGUUGACCUGCCUGCAGAGUGCAGAUUUGGGUUCCCAAAACCAUUACAAGAGGAAACUGCGCUGAUUUAUGAGGUACGAGGUAAGAAAAAUAAAUCUGUACACUCAGAGUUGCAAACCAAGAGAAAUGAUGAGAGGCUGAAUUCACACAACAGGGUCAUGCUUGAGAAUUGGCGGGCCAAUGUGGAUUUACAGAAUGAUGACCAAGUGUCUUCUGCAAUCAAGAAAGCAAUGAUCCAAGUUGCUGGUGAUCGAGACAUGGCUGCUCAGGAGACUGCCCAUAUGUUACUCAGUUUGCCUUUGGUAGGCUGUACGUAUAGUUUUGUUACUGUUUCUUUAGAAAACAGUAGAAAAGUGAUCCUUGAUGCAGAAAAUCCACAAGAGGAAGUACUUCAGAAUUCUGUUCUUCAAGAUUAUGGAGAGCGGACAAAAGUGGAGAGUAGGUAUAGGGGGUUAUCUCAGUUGAAUUUGAUGCAGUAUGCAUCUCAGUUCACAAGAGUCAGAGGUGAGUUGACAAAACGAGUGAAUCCUUAUAUUGUCAGGACAUUUCCAAAGGUUACAGCCAAUCCUGGCAGCCCUACCUUUGGAAAAUACUGCAAGUAUCAACUCAUUAAGUUUAAACCAUGGGAAGAUAAGUCAUCAAAUGCAUGGGACAAUAUGGAGGAAACUGAUGAUAUGUUUAUUAACACAUAUGCUUCAUUUCUUCAGACAGAUUUUGCUAGAGACAAUGUAUUUGGGUAUUCUAUUGAAACAGAGAUGGUCCAUGCUGCACAGACAGAUGAAACAUAUGGAACUGAUGAAAGUAGUGAUGAAAGCGAUGACGAACAGGAUCAACCUAAUGAGGAAGAGCAAAUUGAGGAUUGGAUGUUGUUAUGUAGACUCAACCAACAUUAUGAGGAUGCAGGAAAUCAAAUGGCAAAUAACGAAGCAGUGGAUUGGUUCGAAGCAGCAAGAGGCUGCCUGGGGAUUUGUUGA